UGUGUCCCCAUAGACCUGGGUCUCCUGCUACUCACCAUGGCCAAAAGUGGAGAGGCCCUGCCACAGGGCAAUCCAGUACCAGUCCAGGAUCCCCACCUCAUCAAGGUGACAGUGAAGACGCCCAAGGACAAGGAGGAUUUCUCAGUUACAGACACAUGCACCAUCCAGCAGCUGAAGGAAGAGAUAUCUCAGCGUUUUAAGGCCCACCCUGAUCAGCUGGUACUCAUUUUUGCUGGCAAAAUCCUCAAGGACCCCGAUUCACUGGCACAGUGUGGAGUGCGAGAUGGCCUCACUGUUCAUCUGGUCAUCAAGAUGCAACGCCGCACCAUGGGAACUGAGGGCUCAACUUCUUCAGUCCAGACCCCUGACCCCAGUCCCGGAUCACUUCCAACACCAAGCCCAAUGUACUCAGCAGACGGACCUCCGACUUUCAACUUAGGUGUCCUUACAGGCCUCAGUGGGCUGGGCCUGGGAUCCGGGAACUUUACUGACCAGGCAAACUCACUGAUGUGGCAGCAUGUAUCUGUGCCUGACUUUGUGGCUCAGCUCAUUGAGGAUCCCUUUAUCCAGGGUUUGUUGUCCAACACAGGUCUAGUGCGCCAGCUGGUUCUUGACAAUCCCCAUAUGCAGCAGUUGAUCCAACAAAACCCUGAGAUUGGGCAUAUACUCAACAACCCUGAAAUAAUGCGGCAGACACUAGAGUUUCUACGUAACCCUGCCAUGAUGCAGGAGAUGAUGCGUAGCCAGGAUCGGGCGCUAAGUAAUCUGGAAAGCAUCCCUGGUGGCUACAAUGUGCUGCGUACCAUGUAUACUGAUAUUAUGGACCCAAUGCUAAAUGCAGUACAGGAGCAGUUUGGUGGCAAUCCUUUUGCCACAUCCACUACCAGCGCAACCGCCACCAGUAGCCUACCUUCAAGGACGGAGAAUUGUGAUCCUCUCCCCAACCCCUGGACUUCCACAUAUGGAGGCUCAGGUGGCAGGCAAAGAAGGCAGCCUGGGGAUCAGGAUAUAUCGCAAAUUAGAAAUAGAAUUCCAAACUUUCUGGCUAAUUUAGGGCUCUAUGAGUAUCUCCAGCAAUUGUAUGAUAACUCCCAGUCCUUAGGAACCUAUCUGCAGGGAACUGGAACCACCCUCAAUCCAAAUCUGCAACUACCACCACCACCAUCAGCGCCACCACCACCAGGAAAUAGAGUUCCCCCAGCUUCAGCCUCAUCUCAGGAAACUAGGUCAGGCCAGCAGCUCCCCAGGGAGUCAGUAUCCAUCAAGGGAAAGACUUCCUGUCCAGCGUUUCUGAAAUGCCCUACAGGAAGCGGCACUGGAAAAGAUGGAGGCCACGAUGGGUCAGGGAAAGGCUCUAAUGGCCACAACACUAGCAUGCGUGAUCUUGUCUCUGGGCUGGGGGAUUCUGCCAACAGGACCCCAUAUGUUGCUUCACAACCUUCCUCCAUGGCACCCGCUCCUGGAGGCCCUGACACUCCCUGGCUGCCACCACAGGCAUAUCCAAUACCUCUGAGGCCGGUUGGCAUGAAUCAGUUCUCACAAUAUCAGAACGAGAUGCAGCAGCAGUUGCCACUGCUAUUGCACCUUCAGUCUGCCAUGGCAAAUCCCCGUGCCAUGCAAGCUCUGCUGCAGAUUGAGCAGGGCCUGCAGAUCCUGGCUACUGAAGCACCUUGCCUUCUAUUUUGGUUCAUGCCUUGCCGGGGAGGGCUGGGGAAUGUAGCUGCAGGUGCAGAAACUAGAGAAGGUGCCCUUAUGACUGAAGACACCCAACCACCCCCGGCUCCUGAAGUUUCACCGACACAGUGCUCCUUGGAAGAGUUGGGCUUCCAUUCUACUUCCUUCCUCCAGACACUGCAAGCCCUGGCUAAUGCCAAUCCUCAGCAGCUGCAACCUGAGGCUCACUUUCGAGUGCAGCUCGAACAACUGCGGGCUAUGGGGUUUCUGAAUCCUGAAGCCAAUCUUCAGGCCCUCAUUGCUACAGGAGGUGAUGUGGAUGCUGCCGUGGAGAAGCUGAGGCAGUCAUAGGGACCCUAAUAAUCCAGACCAUAUCUUUUCCUUUGUGCCUUUUCCCCAAUAUCCUAUCACCCUUGUUCUCCUAUUCUUGAAUAUAGCUGCACUAUA